AUGCCUGCACCGUCAAAUGUUCUUUCAAGUAGAAAAUCGGCUGUAAAUAGAGUCAACAAUGACCACGAUUCGGCCACGAUGAAAUAUCUACGUCCAUCGGAUAUCAAUUCGAGAGAUGGGAUUGACGAUGCGACAACAGCGAAUGAAUGGGCAGCGAAGAAGUAUGUUUGGGUACCGGAUGAACAAGAAGGCUUUAUUCGAGGACAAAUUCGUCAAGAACUAGCUGAUGGACAGUUAGUGAUCGAUUUAGAAACGGGAAGACGUACUACAAUUCAUAAAGAUGAUACUCAACGCGUUAAUCCUCCAAAAUUUAGUCGAGUUGAAGAUAUGUCGGAAUUAACUUGCUUAAACGAUGCGUCUGUUCUUUUUAAUUUAAAAGAACGUUAUUAUUCAGGAUUGAUUUAUACUUAUUCAGGUCUAUUUUGUGUGGUGGUUAAUCCUUAUAGGCGUUUGCCGAUCUAUUCGGAAAAUGUUAUCGAUAUUUAUAAAGGAAAAAAGCGUGAACAAAUGCCACCACAUAUAUUUGCUAUUGCGGGUGAUGCAUACCGAUUAAUGUUACAAAAUCGAGAGGAUCAAUCCAUUCUCUGCACUGGAGAAUCAGGUGCUGGUAAAACUGAGAAUACGAAAAAAGUUAUUCAAUAUUUAGCUCAUAUUGCUGCGGCACCGAAGAGUUUUCAACGCGCUGCAGUUGGAAGUAUUAGUCAAUAUCAGCAAUUGAACACAAGAUUUUCCGAUGGAUCUGGCGAACUGGAAACUCAACUGCUUGAAGCCAAUCCAAUCUUAGAAGCUUUUGGCAAUGCUAAAACGGUGAAAAACGACAAUUCAUCUCGAUUUGGAAAAUUCAUCCGCAUCAAUUUCGAUACAUCCGGUUUCAUUGCUGGUGCAUCGAUUGAAACCUAUCUAUUAGAGAAAUCUCGUGCAAUACGUCAAGCGAAAGACGAACGAACAUUUCAUAUCUUCUAUCAAUUAUUACGAGGUGCAAAUACUAAGAUGAUUGGCGAUUACCUAUUAGAAGAUUUCACGCGUUAUCGCUAUUUAACACAUGGAAAUGUUCCAUUAGCUGGCAUUGACGACGCACAAGAGUUUCAACAUACAGUUAAAGCUAUGCAAAUCAUGGGAAUAUCAAUUGAAGAACUAAAUUCGAUCUUUCGAACAAUAUCCGCUGUUUUACAAAUGGGUAAUAUGCAAUUCAAACAAGAUCGGAAUAGCGAUCAAGCAACAUUACCGGACAAUACAGUUGCACAAAAGGCUUGUCAUCUGUUAGGCAUACCGGUGACAGACUUUGUUCGAUCAUUUUUAAAGCCAAAGCUCAAAGUCGGAAGAGAUUUUGUUACCAAAGCACAAACACAAUCUCAAGUUGACUUUGCUGUUGAAGCGAUAUCGAAAGCGAUUUAUGAACGUAUGUUUAAAUGGAUUGUUGCGCGCAUCAAUAAAUCAUUUGAUCGAAGUAAACGGCAAGGUUCGUCAUUUAUCGGGAUACUCGAUAUCGCUGGCUUCGAGAUAUUUCAAAUGAAUUCUUUUGAACAAUUAUGUAUUAAUUAUACUAAUGAAAAGUUACAACAAUUAUUCAAUCAUACAAUGUUUAUUCUUGAACAAGAAGAGUAUCGACGAGAAAAUAUCGAUUGGGAAUUCAUGGAUUUCGGUCUAGAUCUUCAACCGACUAUUGAUCUCAUUGAAAAGCAAAUGGGUAUUCUGAGUUUAUUGGACGAAGAAUGUUGGUUUCCCAAAGCAACUGAUCGGACAUAUGUUGAUAAACUAAUCAAUACUCAUGCCCAACAUCCAAAAUUUGGACGACCGAACUAUCGAGCCCCGGCUGAUUUCAGUAUUAUUCACUAUGCAGGCAAAGUUGAAUAUUCCGCCGAGCAAUGGUUGAUGAAAAACAUGGAUCCAUUAAACGACAAUGUGGUAGCACUGUUACAAACAUCGAAUGAUCCAUUUACACGUGAAAUAUGGAAAGAUGCGGAAAUUGUCGGUUUAUCUGCAACAGAUCAAAACGAUGCUGCAGUGAAUUUGAAAUCGACGAUUAAAAAAGGAAUGUUUCGAACAGUGGGGCAACUCUAUAAAGAACAACUGACGAAAUUGAUGGCUACCUUAAAAAAUACCAAUCCAAAUUUUGUUCGUUGUAUAAUUCCCAAUCAUCAGAAAAAGGCUGGUAUCAUCAAUUCACCUUUAGUGCUUGAUCAGUUAAGAUGUAAUGGUGUGUUGGAAGGCAUUCGUAUUUGUCGAAAUGGAUUUCCGAAUCGUAUUCUUUUCCAAGAAUUUCGCCAACGUUAUGAAAUUCUCUGUCCAAAUGUUAUACCAAAAGGAUUUAUGGAUGGUAAAGCAGCCGCUCAGAAGAUGAUCAAAGAACUCGAGCUCGAUGAAAAUCUUUAUCGAAUUGGUCUGACGAAGAUCUUCUUUCGUUCAGGGGUUCUUGCUCAUUUAGAAGAAGAACGUGAUCAUAAAUUGACCGACAUCAUCACACAUCUUCAAGCGCUAUGUCGCGGCGUUCUGGCUCGAAAAAAUUACCAACGACGCUUUCAACAAUUGAAUGCUAUUCGUGUUAUUCAACGUAACAGUCGUGCAUUAAUGAAGAUCCGUAAUUGGCGAUGGUGGCGUUUGUUUACGAGUAUAAAACCUUUAUUACAAGUAACCAGACAAGAUGAAGAGUCUCGAGAAAAGGAUGAUGAAAUACGACGACUAAGAAGCGAAAUAGAAACGCGUAUCUUACAAGGACAGGAAACUGAACAAAUUCUACAACAAAUACAACAAGAGCGAAGUCUUCUGAACGAAAGAAUUAUCCAUUUAAAUGAAGUUGUAGUCGAAUCGGAUGAUAAUUUACGACGAGUGCAAUCACGUAAAUUUGAACUUGAAAAUAUGUUGCAAGAAAUGGAACAACGUUUGCGAGAAGCUAUGGAUCAAAUCAAUCAUUGGAGUAAUGAGCGUCAACAAUUCGAUCAACGAAUACGCGACACUAAUGAACAACUCGAAGAAGAAGAACAAACUCGGCAGAAGUUACAAGUCGAACGUGUGCAAUUGGAAGGGAAGUUGAAGAACUUAGAAGAUCUUGUAGCACGACAACAGAAUGAUUUAGCCAAGAUGCAGAAAGAGCGGAAAUUUCUCGAAGAUAAAUUGCAAGAAAUCACCAAUGUCAGACAAGAUGAAGAGGAGAAACUGAAAAAUCUUCUUCGAAUUAAAACUAAACUCGAAAGCCAAUGCAAUGAUCUUGAAGAGCGAUUAAAACGCGAAGUAGAGCUUCGUCAAAAACUAGAACGCGAUGUUCGACGAUUAGAAAUUGACAAUCAAGAUCUUCGCCAUCAACUGCAAGAUCGUGUUCAAAACUACGAAGAGAUUCAGAAUCAAUUGAAACGUCGCGACGAUGAUUUGAACAAAGCCAUAGCUAACAUGGAAAGUGAUGCUGCCGCGAAAGCCGCUUUUCAAAAACAGAUCCGUGACUUUCAAUCGAAACUCGAUGAUCUCCAAGCGGACAUGGAUAGUGAACGCGAAUCACGUAAGCGUUUAGAACGUGAAAAACGCGAGUUUAUGGAAGAAAUCGAAUGUUUACGUAAUGAAAUCCUUGAUACGACAGAUAUCAGUCAUGAAAUGAUCGAACGCGAGAAAAGACGUGAAGAAGAAUUACUUGGUGUGAAACGUUUACUCGAUCAAGCGCAUAAAGAUCGAGAAACGACCAUUGUGGAUCUACGUUCUAAACACACGAAAGAAAUCGAAGAUCUAACAAAUCAAUUGGAAAACACGAAAAAACAAUUACAAACGUUCUCCAAAGAUCGGCAAACAUUCCAAAACGAUCUUCGAGACCGCGAUAGUCAAAUCAAAGACUUAAAUACAUCGAAACAAGAGAUCGAACGAAAACGACGACAAUUGGAAACUCAAGUACAAGAUCUUUUCCAUAAAUUCAACGAGAGCGAACGUAUUAAAAACGAAAUCUUCGAGAAAUCUCAACGUUGUCAACAAGAUAUUGAAAGUCUAAACGCUGCCUAUAUCGAAGCCGAACAGCGUUUGCAAAACAAUGAGCGUACAAUGGCAACACUAAAACAAGAAAACCAAGACUUACAUGAUAAUCUUCAAGAAGAAAAUCGUCAAAAAAUGAGUGCACACGCGAAAGUUCGUCAAGCAGAUGACUUGAUAAAUGAAUUAAAAGAUCGAUUGGAAGAUAAAGAAGAAGAGCGGCAAAAGAUUGAAACAAAAUUAGUCCAACUGAGUCAACAAUACAAUGAAAUUCAACGUCAAGCUGAACUGGUGAAUGUCGAGCAACUUGAAGAACUUCGUCGACAACUUCAACGUGAAAAAGAAGCGUUGUUACAAGAACUUGAAAGUGAGAAAUCCGUCAAUUCCAAAUUUGCGAAGUCCAAUCAAAAGUUAACUAAUGACGUAGCUGAUUUGAGUGUGGAAUUAGAACGUUAUCGUGCCAUUGCACAGAAUGUUGAAAAGCAACAACGUAAUUUCGAAAAGCGCAUUCAAGAUGAGAAGAAUAUUCAAGACAAAUUACGUCAUGAACGCGAUAAAAACGAGAAAGAGAUCCGAGAGAAAGAAACUCAACGACUAAAUCUUUUGAAAGAUUUAGAAGAACGAAACAUUCUAUAUGAAGAUUUAGAAAAACGUUAUAAACAGCUACGUGAUUACGUUGAUAGUACCAGUCAAGUCACAGACGAUGUUGGAAGAUACAUUCAAGAAUUAGAAAAGAAUAAACGAACGCUUGAUGCGACUGUCGAGGAUCAAAAGCAACAAAUCACUGAACUCGAAGAUGAACUACAAACAUCGGAAGAUGCUCGUCUACGGCUCGAAGUGAAUAUGGGUGCUCUGAAACAACACGUCGAAACACUCGCACUGGAUUACAAAGCUGAAGUGGAAGAACGUGUGCGUUCUGUUAGUAAACAACUAAAGGACUGUGAAGUUGAACUUCAAGACGAACAAAAGUCCAAACAACAAAUUCUUCAACAACGGAAGAAACUCGAAUUGGACGUUCAAGCAGCAUUACAACAGAUCGAAGAAGCCAAUCGAGCGAAAGAUGACGCUAUACGGACAAGUCGCAAGUUGCAAGCUCAAAUUCGAGAUUUGACCCGUGAUUUAGAAGAAAUUCGACGCAUUGAUACUGUUGCUAAUCAGACCGCCAAAGACUGGCAAACGAAAGUCAAAGCUAUCGAACAAGCCAUUCACAAGCUUACAGAAGAAAAAGAACUUUUGGAAAGACAACUUCGGCAAACUCAAUCAGAACGUAAUGAACUUCAACAAGAAAUAACAACUCUUAGUAGAGAAUGGGGUACAUUUAUGGAUGAGAAACGUCGAUUUGAAGCACGCAUUCAUCAACUGGAAGAAGAGCUUGAAGAGGAACGAACAAUGUCAGAUUUGAAUGUUGAUAAAUUGAAAAAACUGGCUAUGUCUUACGAACAAACAUUGCUCGAUAUCGCUACAGAGAAAGCAAACAGUGAAAAACUUGAAAUCAUUGUAGUCAAUCUUGAACGGCAAAUUCAAGAUUUCCGUAAGAAAUUAGAAAGCAAUGAUGGAUCAGUGAAUGAAUCAUUGAGAUCGAGAGUCGUGGCAUGUGAAACCAAGAUUCAUUCCUAUGAAGAACAAUUAGACAAUGAAAUUCGAGAAAAGCAAAAAGCCCUACGAAAUGUUCGAUUGCUUGAGAAACGUCUUCGAGAAGCUGCGAUUGUGAUUGAAGAAGCUCAAAAACAAGUCAACAGCUAUCGAGAACAACUUGAUAAGAGCAACAUGCGUUUACGUAGCUCGAAACGUACCAUUGAUGAAUUAGAAGAGAAACUUACUGAGAUGAAGCAUCGCCUGCGUCGAGCACAACGGGAAAAAGACGAAAUGGAAGAAUCCGCCUAUCCACGAAAUCGAAGAGAUUCAUCUAUGAUUGAUUUAUCCUCCCAUCGGGGUUCCGUUAUAACUACUAUUGAUGAAAGUCCCGAGGUAUAUCACUUGAUUUCCUUCCCGUCUGCAAUUCAUAAUUCCGCAACGUCGUACAUCAAAGCCUUUGUAACAACAACGAAAUAUUAUUCCGAAAUGUCUGAUGAUGAUUUUCAAUCCGAAGCUACAAAUACGACGGCUUCCGAUACGCUUAAUGGUGGAAGUACAUCAAUAAGAAACAGUGCUGCUGACGAAUACAAUCAAGGAAAUCGCUAA